UUGAAUGGAAACAUGGCGGUGCCGGCUCGGAGCUGCGGCUCUUCCUCGCCCGGCCCGGCGCGGACCGCGCGCCCCUGGCCCGGCCCCGGUGCCCGGCGCCCGGCGCCCAGGACCCCGCGCCCGCUCUUGCUGCUGCUGCCGCCUCUGCUGCUCCCGCUGCUCGCCGCCCCCGGCACCUGUGCCUACAGCUUCCCGCAGCAGCACACGAUGCAGCACUGGGCCCGGCGUCUGGAGCAGGAGAUUGAUGGCGUGAUGCGGAUUUUUGGGGGUGUCCAGCAGCUCCGCGAGAUCUACAAGGACAACCGGAACCUGUUUGAGGUGCAGGAGAAUGAGCCGCAGAAGUUGGUGGAGAAGGUGGCGGGAGACAUUGAAAACCUGCUGGACAGGAAGGUGCAGGCUCUGCAGAGACUGGCCAAUGCUGCGGAGAACUUCCAGAAAGCCCAUCGCUGGCAGGAUAACAUCAAGGAGGAAGACAUCAUGUACUAUGACGCCAAGGCUGACGCUGAGCUGGACGACCCUGAGAGUGAGGAUGUGGAGAGGGGGUCAAAGACCAGCACCCUGAGGUUGGACUUCGUCGAGGAUCCAAACUUCAAGAACAAGGUCAACUAUUCGUACACAGCUGUGCAGAUCCCCACGGACAUCUACAAAGGCUCCACCGUCAUCCUCAAUGAACUCAACUGGACAGAGGCCCUGGAGAACGUGUUCAUCGAGAACCGCAGGCAGGACCCCUCACUGCUCUGGCAGGUCUUUGGCAGUGCCACAGGAGUCACUCGCUACUAUCCGGCCACCCCAUGGCGAGCCCCCAAGAAGAUCGACCUGUACGACGUCCGAAGGAGACCGUGGUACAUCCAGGGAGCCUCGUCGCCUAAGGACAUGGUCAUCAUCGUGGACGUGAGUGGCAGUGUUAGCGGCCUGACCCUGAAGCUCAUGAAGACGUCUGUCUGUGAGAUGCUGGACACGCUGUCUGACGACGACUAUGUGAACGUGGCCUCGUUCAACGAGAAGGCACAGCCUGUGUCUUGCUUCACACACCUGGUGCAGGCCAACGUGCGCAACAAGAAGGUGUUCAAGGAGGCUGUGCAGGGCAUGGUGGCCAAGGGCACCACGGGCUACAAGGCUGGUUUCGAGUAUGCCUUUGACCAGCUACAGAACUCCAACAUCACUCGCGCCAACUGCAACAAGAUGAUCAUGAUGUUCACGGACGGCGGCGAGGACCGCGUACAGGACAUCUUUGAGAAGUACAACUGGCCCAACCGGACGGUGCGUGUGUUCACUUUCUCUGUGGGGCAACACAACUAUGACGUCACCCCGCUGCAGUGGAUGGCCUGUGCCAACAAAGGUUACUAUUUUGAGAUCCCUUCCAUCGGUGCCAUCCGCAUCAACACGCAGGAAUAUCUGGACGUGUUGGGAAGGCCCAUGGUGCUGGCGGGCAAGGAGGCCAAGCAGGUGCAGUGGACCAACGUGUAUGAGGAUGCACUGGGUCUGGGGUUGGUGGUGACAGGUACCCUCCCCGUUUUCAACCUGACACAGGACAGCCCUGGAGAAAAGAAGAACCAGCUGAUCCUGGGCGUGAUGGGCAUUGAUGUGGCUCUGAGUGACAUCAAGAGGCUGACUCCCAACUACACGCUCGGAGCCAAUGGCUAUGUGUUUGCCAUCAACCUGAACGGCUAUGUGUUGCUGCACCCCAACCUCAAGCCCCAGACCACUAACUUCCGGGAGCCUGUGACCCUGGACUUUUUGGAUGCGGAGCUGGAGGAUGAGAACAAGGAAGAGAUCCGUAGGAGCAUGAUCGAUGGCAAUAAGGGCCACAAGCAGAUCAGAACGCUGGUCAAGUCCCUGGACGAGAGGUACAUAGAUGAGGUGACACGGAACUACACCUGGGUGCCCAUCAGGAGCACCAACUACAGCCUCGGGCUGGUGCUCCCGCCCUACAGCACCUUCUACCUCCAAGCCAACCUCAGCGACCAGAUCCUGCAGGUCAAGUAUUUUGAGUUCCUGCUCCCCAGCAGCUUUGAGUCUGAAGGACAUGUUUUCAUUGCUCCCAGAGAGUAUUGCAAGGACCUCAACGCCUCUGACAACAACACCGAGUUCCUGAAAAACUUCAUUGAGCUCAUGGAGAAAGUGACUCCAGACUCAAAGCAGUGCAACAAUUUCCUUCUGCACAACCUCAUCUUGGACACGGGCAUCACACAGCAGCUGGUGGAGCGUGUGUGGCGGGACCAGGAUCUCAACACGUACAGCCUGCUGGCCGUGUUUGCUGCCACUGAUGGCGGCAUCACCCGCAUCUUCCCCAACAAGGCAGCUGAGGACUGGACAGAGAACCCGGAGCCCUUCAAUGCCAGCUUCUACCGCCGCAGCCUGGAUAACCACGGCUACAUCUUCAAGCCCCCACACCAGGACACCCUGUUACGGCCACUGGAGCUGGAGAACGACACAGUGGGCAUCCUCGUCAGCACAGCUGUGGAGCUCAGCCUGGGUGGGCACAUGCUGAGGCCAGCAGUGGUGGGUGUCAAACUGGACCUGGAGGCCUGGGCUGAGAAGUUCAAGGUGCUGGCCAGCAAUCGCACUCACCAGGACCAGCCUCAGAAGCAGUGCGGCCCCAGCAGCCACUGCGAGAUGGACUGCGAGGUUAACAAUGAGGACCUGCUCUGUGUCCUCAUCGAUGAUGGGGGAUUCCUGGUGCUGUCGAACCAGAACCAUCAGUGGGACCAGGUGGGCAGGUUCUUCAGUGAGGUGGAUGCCAACCUGAUGCUGGCACUCUACAAUAAUUCCUUCUACACCCGCAAGGAGUCCUUUGACUAUCAGGCGGCCUGUGCCCCCCAGCCCCCAGGCAACCUGGGUGCCGCACCCCGGGGCGUCUUUGUGCCCACCAUUGCAGAUGUCCUCAACCUGGCCUGGUGGACCUCUGCUGCGGCCUGGUCCUUGUUCCAGCAGCUUCUCUACGGCCUCAUCUACCACAGCUGGUUCCAAGCAGAGCCCGCGGAGGCCGAGGGGAGCCCCGAGGCGCGCGCGAGCAGCUGCGUCAUGAAACAGACCCAGUACUACUUCGGCUCGGUGAACGCCUCCUACAACGCCAUCAUUGACUGCGGAAACUGCUCCAGGCUGUUCCACGCGCAGAGACUGACCAACACCAACCUUCUUUUCGUGGUGGCGGAGAAGCCGCUGUGCAGCCAGUGUGAGGCUGGGUGGCUGCUGCAGAAAGAGGCACACUGCCCAGCGGACGGUCCGGAGCAGUGUGAGCUGGUGCAGAGACCGCGGUACCGGAGAGGCCCGCACAUCUGUUUCGACUACAACGCGACGGAAGAUACCUCAGACUGUGGCCGCGGAGCCUCCUUCCCGCCGUCUCUGGGCGUCCUUGUCUCCUUGCAGCUGCUGCUACUCCUGGGCCUGCCGCCCCGGCCGCAGCCCCAAGUCCACGCCUCGCGCCGCCUCUGAGCGCCCCCACCCCGGUCUCCCUGCCCUCCUGCCCCACACUCCCCCGCCUUAGAGCCUCACUUCCCUCACUGAAGGACCUGGAUGCGCAAGACCUCGAGAGGAUGCGCCUUGGGGUGGGGGUCCCAAAGGAGGGCGCCCAACUAUUGGUGUCCCCAGACCCUUUCUUCCCACUGGACUCACCCAUCCCAGAGGACUGGGCAGGGAGGCCACACGACUGGUGCCAAACCAGGCCUCCACUGCCCACCCCAGGGCUCACUCUGUGUGAAAGUCCUGCCCCAGCUCUCCUCUAACCUCGUCCUACUACCCCAACCCGAGGUCCAGACCUGGUUUUCCUGGGAAUAAUGGGGGAAUGUGAGAUGGGCAGUUUAAGGCUUGUGUGUUCCUCCUGGCCAAGGAAGAUGUGAGGAGAGAGGCUCUGAUUAAGUCCUGCAAGGGAGAAAGGUACUGAGGUGGCCCCCAAGGGCUCCUGCCCUUCUCAGGCCUAAGCCACUCCCCCUCAAGCCCUGCAGGUGUCAGGACCGACACAGUGACGAUGCAACUCCAUGCACACCCAUUGCCCUGAGGGCAGAAACUGGGCUCACAUUAGACACACCCUGGAGUGCACCCACACAGACACAGAGACAUACACCUAUACACCAUGGGGUGGUUUUGGGGCUCACAAAGCCUUACAUAGGGCCAGGGGUUGAUGGGAAGGUUGGCACUUACAUACUCCAUCUUCUGUUCACUGCCCACCUCUAUUCUGAGCUACAGCCCAGCUAGUCCUCCUGUCUCUAAAGCUGAAUGUCAAACAGUGCCAAAUGCCAGGGUGGGGACAGAGACUGCUCUGUCUCACUCCUGGCUGCCAGUGUCCCCCAAGUGCCCAUCACCCUGCUAGGUGCUCAUUAUAACCAUUUCUCACUAAUGUCAGACCCCCAGCGGGUCCACAUACCACUGCCUACACCCUUCGGCAGAAGAACCCCCACCAGACAUUGCCCUUUGCCUUAGCGGGGUUGACUUGGUUUCUUCUGGCUGGGCCACCCCACACCCAAUCCAGGCCUUCUACACUCAGGCCUGUACCUACUCCCCAUCCCCUUCCCAUUCACGUACGUUCCUUGCCCCCAAGAGGCCAAAUUGCCCCUCCCCUGCUGAACACACACUUGAACACACACACACACACUGUGCACACACAGAGGCUGGGCCAGGGCACAUCUCUUCACACCAUUCAUUCUGGUCAUUUUCCCCAAAGACAUCCCCAACCUGGGGGCUGGUCGGGGGCUGUGGGCAGAGGGGGCUGUGGCCAUGGGGCUGAGAUGGACUGGGAGGAGGGGGGAGGGUGAUGCAUUAAUUAAUGGCUCCGUUAAUUAAUGUCAUGUUGCUUGUUGCUUUCUUGGUGUGUGUGUAUGGUCCAUGCCUGCUGCUGGUGCCAGGAUGGGUGCCCAUGCUGUACAUCCUGCCUGGUCACCAGCCAUGUCCCGUGGGGACGGACGUGUGUGUAACUGUAGUGUAGUCAGGUGCUCAAUGGAGAAUAUAAAAAUAAAAAAGAAACUGAAACAUACAGAAAAAUAAAUAUAUAUUUUAAGUUUAAAAAACAGAAAACAGACAAAACAAUUCCCAUCAGGUAGUUGUCCAACCCCCAGCUGGGUCUGAUCCUCUCAUUGCCCACCUGACCUGGCUGUCCCCUCACCUUGGGCUUGGGGGAUCUGUGGGGAACUAGGGGGCCAUUUCCUUUUCUCUGCCCUUUUUUUGUUGUUCUAUUUUGUACAGACAAGUCAGAAAAACAAUAGUGACAAAA